AUGCCCCAACAUGUAUUAUCAUGUGUACAUCCUAUCAUUGAUGAUGAGAUGAAUGCCGCCCUAAGCCAAGAAUUUGAUGAGAAAGAAGUGGAGGAAGCUCUACACCAAAUGGCACCACUUAAAGCUCCUGGGCCCAAUGGAAUGCCACCCCUUUUUUACCAGCAUUUUUGGGACACAGUAAGGGAGGAUGUCACUUCCUCCAUCCUGGCAUGGUUGAAUUCGGGUACUCUACCAUCCCCCCUCAACCACACGUUUAUCACUCUCAUACCAAAAAUAAAUAAGCCUGAAUAUGCUCAUCAAUUCCGCCCUAUUAGUCUUUGUAAUGUACUUUACAAAGUAUAUUCCAAAGUAUUGGCCAACCGUUUGAAAAAAUUAUUACCAUCUAUUAUCACUGAACACCAAUCAGCUUUUACAAAAGAUAGAUUAAUUUCUGAUAAUAUCCUUGUUGCAUUUGAGACCCUUCAUAGUUUGCAAAAUUUUAAGUCUAGUACUCAUGGUUUUAUGGCUAUUAAAUUGGAUAUGAGUAAGGCUUACGAUCGGGUUGAUUGGAAUUUCUUGGAAAAACUGAUGAGACAAAUGGGUUUUAAUGAAAGGUGGAUCCAAUUGAUAAUGGGGUGUGUUAAAACUGUUUCAUAUUCGGUGUUGGUCAAUGGAGAGCCUUGUGGUAUGAUCCAGCCUACUCGUGGGAUAAGACAAGGCGAUCCUCUAUCACCUUUUCUUUUCUUGCUUUGUACUGAAGGCCUAAAUGGGCUAAUCAAGAAAGCGGAAAAUAAUGGAGAAAUACACGGUUUUUCACUGUGUAGGAGAGGGCCCAAACUAACCCAUCUGCUUUUUGCAGAUGAUAGUCUUCUUUUUUGCAGGGCAACCAUAGAAGAAUGUGAAAAGGUGUUGGAGGUCUUGAAUAUGUAUGAGGAGGCAUCGGGGCAAAAAGUCAAUAAAAACAAAACUGCAUUAUUCUUUAGCAAAUGCACUCCAAGUGAUGUGAGGCAUGAAAUAAAGGUGGCUUUUGGUGUUCUGAAGAUCAUGCAAUAUGAGAGGUAUUUGGGUCUACCUUCCUUUGUGGGUAAAAGGAAAAAAGCAAGCUUCAACUACAUCAAAGAAAAAAUAUGGAGGAAGUUACAAGGUUGGGAAGGUAAAUUGCUCUCGCAAGCAGGUAGGGAGGUGCUACUAAAAUCAAUCAUACAAGCUAUCCCCACCUACACAAUGGGUUGUUUUAAAUUACCCAUUGGCUUGUGUCAUGAAAUUGAAGCCCUAAUUAAAAAAUUUUGGUGGGGGCAACGUGGUGAUCGUAGAAAGAUUCAUUGGAUUAAGUGGGAGGAAAUGACAAAAUCCAAAUCAGUGGGUGGAAUGGGCUUCCGGGAUUUAACCAUGUACAAUGACUCACUACUAGCAAAGCAAGCAUGGCGACUUUUGCACAAUAAAAUAUCUCCUUUCUACAAGGUUUUCAAGGCUCGAUUUUUCCCAAAUACUACAAUCAUGGAAGCUGUUGACUCAAGAAUGGGUUCGUAUGCAUGGAAGAGUAUUCUUAGAGGAAGGUAUAUUAUUCAAAGGGGAGCUAGAUGGAGGGUUGGAAAUGGGGAGAAAAUCAACAUAUGGCAGCAAAGGUGGCUGCCAAGGAAACAUCCUCCAUAUCUACCUAUUUGCCCCAUACAGGACUUUGAAAACUCCUCGGUGUCUUGCUUGAUUGAUCAAUCCAUGCGGCAAUGGAGGGCAGACUUGGUGGAUGGGCUAUUCAAUGAAGAAGAUGCUGAGCUAGUUAAGUCAGUUCCACUGAGCCAUGUUGAAGCAGAGGACGUCCUGUUCUGGCCGUACACAAAGAAUGGGGUUUAUACAUGCAAAUCCGGCUACCGUUUCCUCAAGGAAGAAGCUGAAAGGGAAGUCACAAACCAGGUUCCACCUCUUCGAGAUAAACAUAUAUGGAAAGCAAUUUGGUCGAUGCAAGUUCCACAGAAGGUUAAAAUGUUUAUAUGGAGGGCCUGUCGAAAUGCAAUGCCGACAAAACACGCGUUGAUGAGACGCACUAUCACUGGAGAUUCCAUAUGUGAACGCUGCCAAACCGAUGUCGAAGACCCUCUUCAUGCAUUAUGGACUUGCACCAAGCUUGAUGUCGUCGGGGCUGACCACGCAGAGUGGGAUUUCAGAAACUCCAUCGGUUUUCUGGACUUCAAAGACCUGGCUCGGGUACAAGAAUUUGCCACUAAUCUUCAGCAGGUAGCAGUUGCUGCAAAAUCCAGUUUGGAUGAUUUUCACAGGUCAAUACAGAGGCGGGACUCUCAGAGGCGACGGGCUGCUCAUACAGCCCAAAACCACUGGCGUCCUCCUCCAAGGGAAGUGGUUAAAGUAAAUUUUGAUGGGGCGACUUGUUCACAGGAGAAAACGUCUGGAGUUGGAGUGGUGGCUCGAGAUGUUAAUGGUUUGGUUCUAGCUUCAUGUGCGAAGAAAAUACAUCAGUCUUUUAAGGCAGUGGAGAUUGAGGCUAUGGCAGCUGCUACGGCCCUAACAUUUGCAAAAGAUCUCGGCUUUCAGCGCAUUAUACUGGAAGGAGACUCACUGGAAGUAAUACAAGCUCUAUUGGAAAAAACAGAGACAUUAACACCUGCGGGUUUACUGCUUGAGGAUGUCAGAAGUUUGUCCCAAAAUCUUGAUUUAUUGCUAUAUUCUCAUACAAAAAGAGAUGGCAAUGUUGUAGCUCAUAGUCUGGCAAAAUAUGCUCUACGCAUACCAGAUUUUUUAGCUUGGAUGGAGGAUGUUCCAUCACACAUUCAAUCUAUUGUACAAGCUGAUUUGGCUCUUUUACAUUAA